CUCAAUGCUUGUUUUAAAUCGUCUGACACUCAGAUAUCACACCUGCUGGUCCGGUGAUACUUCUGAGUGCUAAUCAUUCCCUCAUAUUUGAAUUUUGUUUCGAAAAAAUUUAGAAUGAAAUCAUGGUACUUUUCUCUCAUUCUCAUCAUUGGACUGGCAUUCACAGAAUUUUGCUUGGCAGGCAAGAGUCAUUCGUCGAUUUGUAAAUCUAGAACAAAUUCAAAACAAUCUGGUAAAGACCUGUCUGGCGAUGAAUCGAAUUCUGAGUUUGAUGACUCCAAGUCUUCUGAAAACAGUAAUGAAAAGUUUUACGAACCUACUGAUGUAGAAGCUCACAUUUCAGAGGAUCCCAAUGCAUGUGCGAAGAAUGUAAACGUGCUGUGUGAUCCUACAUAUCCAUAUCGGAUGUUCAAUGGCUCUUGCAACAACUUAAAUCAUCCAAACUGGGGCGUCAGUUUUGAAUGCUACAUGAGAUUCCAACCAGCUUUCUAUAAUGGUUUUGGAAGUAUCCGAAUGUCCACUAAAGGUGGUCUACUACCCGAGCCCCGAGAUCUCACUCUAAACAUAUUUAAAAAUCUGCAUCGACCAACCAGAAAGGUUUCUUUCAUGUUCACAAUAUUCGGGCAGACUGUGGUGCAUGAUGUAACUUUAUCUUUCCCAGCAGAUGCUCCCAGUCCUUGCUGUGCACCAGAGAAUAAAGACGCACCCGCAUGCUUGCCGAUCUCAGUGCCAUCGUAUGAUCCAUUUUAUUCGCGAUUUAACGUAACUUGUUUGGAAAUGAUCCGAACUCUGCCUUGCUCCACCUGCAAUACCGGUAAGCAUCAACAAUCAAAUGGGGUUACUGCAGCUUUGGAUUCUUCUCUUGUUUAUGGUGCUGAUGAUGAAAAAGCUAAUCAAGUCAGAGCGAAUGAUGGAUCAGGCAAACUGAAAUCCAACAACACUCAAAAUGGUGAACUUCUACCCACUGGCAUAGAUCCUUUGGACAUUUUCUGUUACAAAAAGAUACAGUCAAAAUGUUUCUUUGCAGGAGAUUUUCGAGUAAACCAGCACGCAACUCUAACCGGUUUGCAGACUUUGUAUAUGAGGGAACACAACAGAGUUGCAGCCGAACUGAAGCGAUUGAAUUCUCACUGGGGCGAAGAACGCUUAUUUCAAGAAGCCAGGAGAAUAAACAUUGCAGAAAUCCAAUGCAUCACCUUCAAAGAAUAUUUGCCAUACUUACUUGGACCCUCACUUAUGAAAAAGUUUGAUUUGUGUUUGAAAAACGGAACUGAAGGCUCAAAGUACAAUUCUAAAGUUCGGCUUGGCAUGUGGAACGAAUUUGCUACCGCCUGCUUUCGACUUCACAGCAUGGUAGCUACUGAAGUUGGAGCACUAAAUCUAAGAUUCAAGAAUCUGUAUUCUAACCCUGGUUUAAUUCAUCAAGGUCAUAUGGGGCAACUUUUACAAGGUGUAUGCAAAGUAUCUUCUGAGAAAUAUGAUCACUGGUUCGUUAAUGACACUACAGAUUUCUCAUACCUACCACCUGAUGUGCCAUACGGAAAUGACAUUAGUUCUACUGACAUACAGAGAGGAAGGGAACAUGGAUUGACCCCUUAUGUGCAUUUGGUGCGAUAUUGCUUCGGCAAUAAAGUCAACAUCUCCUCGUUCGCAGACCUUGCAUCUGGUCUGAUGUCUUGCAAAAAUGCAAAUCUGCUACAGAAAAACUACAAGUCAGUAGAAGAUGUGGAUUUAUGGGUAGGGAUCCAGAUGGAACAUCACCUCCCAGGUGCUGAAGUAGGCCUAACAGCGGCUUGCAUCAUUGCCAAACAAUUGCAUGUUACAAAAUUUGGAGAUCGAUUUUUUUUCGAACAUGAAGGCGAAGUACCUUCGUUUACACCAGAUCAAAGGGCAUCUUUGAAACAGUGUUCCUUGUCUCGUAUACUGUGUGAUAAUACACCCAUCAAAGAGAUACAAAAGAAUACAAUGCUUCUUCAGAGUAAAGAAAACCCCAAAGUGUCCUGUGAUGACAUUCCAAGUAUUGACCUUACUUUAUGGAAGGAAGAUCCUUCAAUGUAAAGUAAUAUCGUUUAUAAAUGCAAAUGCAGAUCACACGAA